CCCCGCCAUUAAACCCCGCCCAUUGAGCCCCCAACGUGCGUGCCAGCCCGCCACUGUCGAGCAAUGAUGGCUAGCUAGCUGUUAGCUGGUAGCUGUCUGGGACGUCGGGAUAGCAGAGUCCACACCAGGGCUUGUGUUCCAGUCCCCGUAAACAUUGAAACAGCCCGGCCACUUUUAAAAACUGAAGGGACAGAACUUAAAUCCAGGAUGUGCUCCGUCGUCGGAUGUGAUUCGGGGCGUCGCAGUGCCCUACGGUUCAAGUUACCGGAGGACCCAGAGAGGAGACUGGCGUGGGUUCAGUUCCUUUUCGAAAUCAACGGGCAACGACUUAAAGAAUCGUCCUGGACUGAUAUCACCAUUUGUAAUGAACACUUUACUGAAGACUGCUUUGAACACCUGGCUCCAGGGACUGGCGCGGUCCACCUAAAGCCCGGUGCUGUCCCAUCACUGUGUUUCAAGUCGGAGCUAGACGAACCGGAGCUGUACUCCAUAGAGCUGGAUCAGGAGCCUGAAGAAACCAUAGAAGUUGCUUCGCAAUGUGAUCAACUUAGCACAUGUGGCAGUCCAUGUUCCUAUUCCGAAGAAUCAGAAUCAACUUCAUCUUCAACGGCUGCCCAAGAAAGCCCUGCACCGAGUGAUGUUUCAGAUUCUUUCAUGUCUGAUUAUGGUCCGAUGCUGCAAAAAAUUCUGAACAUUGAUAUGAUUAGGGAAAAAGCUGCACUUCUGCAGACGAAAGGGAAGUACGUUGUGAAUGAAAAACGCCUCAUCCAGUUGUUCAGCCACAAGUGCCCGUCAUGUGGUUCUAAAGUAAAGAUGGAGAAGGUCACCCAUGGGGUGCUCAUCAUCUUGAACCAACAGUGUCUUCAGUGUGACUACAGAAACCAAUGGAAAAGCCAAGUCAAUGCCAGUGUCCCAACAGCUGAAGACCAAUGCCUGACAGAAGUAGUAGAAGUAGACCUAACUCCAGAGACCCAACAGACAGUGUCAACUGAUGACAACAGCAGAACUUUUUCUGAUGAGAAGAGUGAUUACACGGAUGAAACGGAGGAAUCGGGUGAUGAAAGUGACAGGAAUUCAGACGAGGAUUGGAAUCCAGCGGAGGAGCUUCUUCUGGAUAACGAGCUUCGUGAUGAAUCGGAGGAUGAAACCGGAGAGGAAGAGGAAGAAGAUGAUGAUGAUCUUCCAUUUGCCUCCAAAAACAGCCAGCUCUGCACAGAGUGUGGAAAGUUUUUUAAUAAACAGAGGCCUCACACAUGCGAGCACAAAAUCAAACCCUAUUCUUGCAAUGUUUGUGGAAGACGAUUCAUUAAUGACCCUGCGCUAAAUCUUCACAGCAAAAUCCACGAUGCAAACUAUGAACUUCCAUGCAAAUACUGCCACGUUACAUUCAAAACAAAGGUGGACAAGAUCACUCACCAGCAGAUCCACCUAAGUGAAAUAAAGCCCUAUAAAUGUCCCGACUGUUCAGAGACAUUUGCCACAAAUAAGGAACGCAGAAUCCACCGGGUGGAUCACGGAGGCCCCCCACAGUUAAAAUGUGACAUCUGUGGUAUUGAAUUUACCCGACCCUAUAUUCUCCAGAGACACUUAGCGGUGCACACAGGAGAGAAGCCGUUCAAGUGUUCAGUGUGCCAACGUGGCUUCAACCAGCCAAGCCACCUGAAAUCCCACAUGCGUCUGCACACAGGGGAGAGGCCUUUUAAAUGUCAGCACUGUGACAAAAGCUUCAAUCACAACGUGAGCUUGAAGAGUCACGUCCAGCGUUACCACUCAUUGAGCUCUGAACGUGAACAGAAGAAGGGUAAAAUAAACAAAACUGUAAGCUACAGUGUUCAAGCUCAGGAGAAUGUGAACAUGAGAGGCACAGACUUUGAACGUGAUAAAGAAGUGGAGUUGCAUAAGCAGAGCAAAGGUAUGCCAAAACGUAAAAGGAAGAGCUCCGGUAGACCCAUAGGAAGGCCCAAGAGAAAUGCAGCAGGCAACUUGGUUCUGGCCGGGGAAAUGCAAGGCCAGCCUUCAAACACUAAGACUGCCAAAGUUAAGGUGCGGAAGUUAAAGAGAACACGCUGCAGUGAUGAAGAAAGCGAGGAUGAGCCGACCGAAAGCGACAUGUCCUUUGACUCAACAGAGGAGGAAGAGGAGAAUAGUGAGAAAGUGACAAUGAGAGCAAGCAAAUCGAGAGGAAAGGCAAAAGAUUCUGAUGGCGACUCUGAUUUUGAGCCAGAAGAAAAAAAGAAAAAGAGGUACAGCAGCCAGAAUAGUGGUAAAAGCUCAGGGAAGGGAAGGGGAAGACCAAGAAAGAAGCAAGUACUUAAAGACAUGUAAAAACAUUUGAAAAGAGAGGUUAUAGAGUUAAACAUGUAUUAAGACAAAUACAAUUUAGAGUGUCAUACAGAAGUUGACUGUUUUUCAUGAUGCAUUUGAACAAUUUAAGAUGAGAAACUGCACAUGGAGAGUUGGGCUGGGGUCUUUUUAAACUUCAUUGCUUCCAAUUGUUAAAGCAUGAGCCUGUUUAAGGUGGGACUGAUGCGCCUUAAGCCCCCUCGCCGUCUGUGUGAAAGUUAUUAAGACGGGGGGUUGUUGCGCCUUUAAGCCUGCAGUGGAGGUAAUCCCAGAGCCGAGCCAAGUUCUGUGUGAAAGGGACAGCCAGCGUGGCGGGACUAAGUUCCAUGCAGUAUGAUGCACUAAUCGACCUACAGGGUCCGGUCGGGUUUACAUGGCUGAUUAACGCUGCAGAUCGGCUCACACACACUAGACCCAUGCCUCUAUUGCUGCCAGAAGCAAUACAGUAUUUAUUUUUCUAGGAUGGCAAAGGCAUGAACUUGGAUUGGCUUUCCCUGGUGUUCUUAGCCUAACCAAUCUCACUCCUCAUGUCUAAACCUAACCAAUCUAACCCGUGAAGGCAAUGACUACUAGCCAAUCAGAGGCAGAGUAGGGCGGGUCAUGCCUUCGCCAUCCUAGGAAAUGCAAAUUUGCCUCCCAUAAUGCCGGCAUGCUAUGUAAAAUCACACUGGCUUGCUUGGUUCUGUGGGAAUAAACAAACAGCAAACCUUAAUUGCAGCGCAAUUGCGUAAUCUCUGUAUGAAAGGGGCUGAUGUCAGUUAGAUUUCAAGAUACUUUUGAAUCCUGUUCACAGAUGUUAAACAUGGAAUCAACCUGGGUAAAAUUAGAUUAAACUGGGCUGGUUUUAAAAUG